ACUGGGCGUAUUUCCAUCAAACAUCAGGACUUUACAGCCUCCCACAGGUACUAAAUAUUAUCUCGUUGGGUGUACAGCAAGCUACGCAUAACCUCGCGCAGGAUAAGGAAUCCAAGACUUCGUUAAACGAGCCAAGCAAUAACGGUUAUACAUAAUCCCACGCGAGGUUGGAAACCAGGAUCCCACGUCAGUCAAGACGCGCAUGCUUGGCAUGUCAGAACUUGUCUUCGAUUCCCACGCUUUCGUCAUGCAUUGAUCGCUGUCCCGCACCAUGUUCUGCGAUCCUGAUGACGGUUUUUGCGGGGACUGUUGCGCUAAUAGGGUCUUAGAGCCCCGUCAAUGUGAAUAUCCUUGCUAAAGACAGCGCUCUGCCAAUGAUCUAGCCCAUCUUCGCGUGGAACCUUGCCCCCCCAGCUCCAGUGAAUAUGUUAUCGGCUCUAGGGGGAACUCUAGUACAGCCACGUCGAUAGGCUGGUCGGGGAAAACCGUCGGAAACGUCGCUACGAGACCUAGCGGACCAGAGUAAGGCCGUAUAGGGUAGUCUAGUUGAUCGUACAACCGGAGUAAAGUGGAUCAGCUACUCAGUGCCACUAGAAGAGGCAGUAUAUAACCUUAGGUGCGACGCAAUAUGGGAAAGAGCUUUUCUCUAAGAAACAUAUCGUGCCUCCUACAUCUCCAUUUCAUCCAUCUUCAGAAUGAAUCUCUUUACGGCUCUUCUACUGGCUAGCACAGCUCAUACUUACGUUAUUGAUCGCUCUCGAAUUACCACACGCGACUCUCAAGUGGAAGUCAAGGACUACACAUACAAUGGAGACACCGGCCCCCUUCACUGGCAUGACCUAGAUCCAUCGAAGAAUGGAGCUUGUGCUUCCGGUCGUCAUCAGUCCCCCAUCGAUAUCAUCACGGAGGAAAUUAGCUACACUGCCCCUGGUACCCUUCAUAUCAACAUUCCCAACGCAAAUGCGUCCACUUUCGAAAACAUAGGUGCUGGACUGGAGGUUAUAGCCCAAGGGUCUCUGAGACUAAGAAACAAACAAUACCCUCUGAAACAGUUCCAUUUCCACACUCCAAGCGAGCAUCACAUCAACGGGGAGUACUUUCCCAUGGAAGUGCACUUUGUCUUUCAGACUGCAAAUGAAACCGCCGUCGUCGGCUUUCUCUUCCAGCUCGUCGAGAACCAACCCUCCUUCGCCCCCUUCGAUUCUAUAUUCAAUCAUUGCAACGAAAUAGCCGAAGCAGGAACCACAACAAAUACUGGACCGACCGACUUUCAUCUGUUGAGUAGACAUCUGGAAGGGAACGUUAUCUACAAUUACACUGGUUCGUUGACUACGCCACCUUGCACGGAGCAGGUGCAAUGGUUCGUUAGCCAGCAGCCUCUACCACUCAGCGUUCGUGAUUACAAUGAGGCGAAGAGGGUGUUGAAGUUUAAUGCGAGGUAUACGCAGAAUACGCUUGGGGAGGAUAACUUAUUGGCGUGA